UUGAUGAACUGCUGGAGCUGAUCAACAUAUGGUUUAAAGACGUGCCAGGGGUGAUAAGUGACAUCAUAGACACAGUGAAAACAUUUCAGCGUCUUUUUGAUACUCUGUCCGAAACUACGCCGCAGGAACUUUUCCAAAGCAUCAUUGAUUCAGUACAAAACCUUCCUGACAUAAUACAAGGCAUGGCAAGACAGGCGAGUGAGACCUGGGAAAAAGUCGCCGCAUAUGACAACUUGCCAAGUUUUAUCGAAGAGACAAGGCAGGUCAUGCUUAGAGUGAACGCAGUGUUCACUGAAGUGAAGAAUGAUGCCAAGAAUCUUUUCAGUGGCAUUCAAGACUCUGCCAUCGUGGUCAUCCCUUGGGCAGUCGAGCAGAUCUGGCAGGGCUUGGAGACAAUAUUUCAGGAGGUUCCUAAACUCAUCAAGUCUCCACAGACGGCUAUUGCUAACAUUGUAAAGGCAGUGUACAAUAUCUACAAGGCGGUAAUGGCUCUGAUUGACGUCAAGGAUCUUACCAAUGACGUCUUCUCGUUUACGGAAGGAAUGCAGCCUUUCCUGUUAAAGGUCGGUGACGAAAUACAGGAGUUGUUUGACGACUUCAUGCGAGUGUGGAAUCUGUUUCAAAAAGAGGCUCCGGAAUGGAUAGAAGGGUUUGGAGAACAUACGGACGGAGUGUUGGAAGACGCUUUUGGCAACAUGAAAUCAUCCAGAAACGAAGUAGUCCGCGUGGUGAAUGAAGCUUUAGGGGUACUACAGGAGCCUCUAGAGAAAAUCGGAAAGCUAGUUGGACCUUUCCUGGAUGCCUACGAGUCAACAGUCGGCACUAUCAAGUCUAUACAGAAAUGUUUUGAGUCAUUGAAAAAAGGGUACGAAACUGCACGAGGACUCAUACAAAAAAUCUUUGGACCAAAGGCGUCAAUGAAAUUCCCCAAGCAGAAGCUGGAUCCUGAAACAUGCGGAGGCGGCCUGUAUCCCAGUAGAGCAGUCGGCCAAACAAGAUACGCCAGUCAAGGCAUCGACCUGAUACUAGCUAAAGAUGAGGAGGUUGUUGCACCGUUUGCGGGGAAGAUUACCUCUGUCGAACAACAGAGCAUCUCUAUCCUUACAGAAGAGAUAAACGGCAUGGAGGCAGUAGUAGAGGGCAUCGACGUUAAAGAUACCAUCAAAAUUGGACAAAGGGUUCAUAAAGGAGAUGCCAUUGGUACAGCAGGCUCUACAGGUUGCGUAAACAAUACCAUCCACUUUGCGAUCAGGGAAAAUGGAACAAUCAACUAUGUGGAUCCCACCAAAUACGUGCCUCCUCCAGGAAUAAUGAAAGAAGACGAACAACCAGGAUGGAUUCAGGAAUGUGACAGAUACUGGCUAACGUUUAUGGACAAAUCAAUUGGAAGCGGACAGCUUGCAGGAGGUGCACAGGAGACCGAUGAAACCCCGGAUGCUCCUGACGCUGGUUCAAGCAAAAAAGCCAGAAGGCUGACACUGUCUUCAAAUGUGAAUGGAACAUCUGGUCAACGACGUGUCACAAGAGGUAUUAUACGAUCCCUCAGAGGCAAUACAGAUGUUCUUGGAACGCUUGGAGUUGACGAUGAACCAGACGAAUCAGAGAAGUUCUCUAUAAAGCUUCAAGACAUCAAAGUGUCAACAAUUGUCGGCACCCUGGAUCUGAUAGGACUCGGAGACGGACUACGACAUAUAAUCAAUAUCUUAGAGAUGUUCCUGGGUGGCUGUAAGUUACCUAACAGCAUGACGGAUGAGCAAUUGCGAUGGGAACUAAAAAGAUCCGGAAAAGAGACUUCCGGGCCACGCGACGCCCUUCUUCGCAGAUAUACUACCUCCGACACUGGAUGUCCCGACAUUUUCGAGCAUCUCAACAAGCUUGACUUCAUGCACUGCCGCAUGCAGGACAAUUGUCUUGGCCUAAGCUGCUGUCUGUCCCUCCCUGUACCACCAUUUAACAUCUUCACUGUCAAAGCUUCUGUAAACUUUGAUCCAUGCACCAUGAAACUGACAAUGGAACUUGGGAAGAUGAAGGAAGAGAAAAACCUGGCUCCGCAAGGAUUUGCGGAGGAGGACGACUACACCUUUGACAAGUCCUGGACUCUUUUUGACUCCGUGAAACUUCUCAGAAGCUUCAGGAUCAAGAAAACAAGUUCAUAUGUUGAAAUAUACCUUGCAGUGAAAGUCUGUGCCAAGGAUAUUUGCCUUCCGCCUAAAGAAAUACUAAAAGGGAUUCGAAUCCAAACCCCUCCCUGCUCCAGUGGAUCCCUUGUGUCGUCUGCUAAUGGAGUGAGCUUGAUGGAUAUGACCUUGGCAGACCUGGAGAAAGAACUGUUCUUCUUCCGCCCUGACAGCUCCGAUAUUGAUAUGCCUGGUCUGGACCUUUCUGGUUUAAGCGAACUAUCAAAACAAUUUUCGGAUAUCAUCAAAGAACUAAGAGAAGCCAUGAAACGAGAGUGGAUAGACACUAUCCAAAAUGACAUGCAGGACCUGGGGAUAGAGCUGGGUAUGAAAGACAGUUACUUGACGGGAACCUUUCCUAUGGGACCGUGGGAGACAAGAUUCUUCGAUGUCAAGGUUCAGUUCAUGGUUGGACCGAUUCCUAUGUACCUGGGCUUUGGAGCUGGUGGGUUUAUUGGCGUCAAAUUGGAAGCAGGAGUUUCUCUGAUGAAAAUGACAGCCUAUGGUCAAGUAACGCCUCAAGUCGGUGCCACUGUUUAUGCAAGCCUCGGGAUAAGUUUGCUGAUCCUGAGUGCAGAGCUACAGUUAAAAGGAUAUGUCCUGACAACCGACUUCCCAACAAGGGCAGAGAUCCAAUUCAGCAAGUUCCCACUAAAUAUCGGGGCUCGCAUGGAUAUGGUCAUGAUUCCGUUACGACUGGAGCUCCGUAGUAUGCUAAAAUCUAAUCUUUUUGGAUGGGAAGUAACGUUACUCGACUUCCUGCUGUGGGAUUGGGAGACACCUCCUGUUAUAAAGAACAUUUUCAACACAGGCAUACCGGAGCCAGACUUCACUCCACCUACUUUUAGGAAAUUCAAAGUCAAGACAUCAAGGACGACCAACGUCGGGAAGAGAGCUGCUAUCACAACACAUUGCGAUGUGGAGCAAGUCGCAGGCCGUGACUUUGUAGAACCUGCUUUUCAGCUAGAAGUGGCAGCGGAAGAUGACGUCAGCCAAGUGAAGCUGACUUAUGACGUAGGGACGUACAAAGGUGGAAGUGACGUGGUGAGCAAUGAAGGCCUGGGAGGACCAUCAAACGUCGUUUUUAAGAAAAUGAAAGGAGGAGUUCCACUCUAUUUUACCGUCACGGGAACCAACUCUGGCGGAGGAAACGCCAAGGUCACAUGUGAACUACCCACGUAUGACGUCACCUUACCAGGAGGGCGUGUCACUCCGGACUUCCUCACCACAAGCCAUCCCAGCAUCCUCCGCGCGUCAGCUGUGGCUCACGAUGAUUCCGUCAUCCGUCUCAAACGGGAAGGUGUUGGCUAUGGUAGGAAAGUCUACGGAGACCAGGUCGUCCCAUGGCAUGACGUCAGAACAACCGCGAACACGGCUGUGACAGCCUCAAGGCCCGCUUUACAGAGAUUCACAGGUGGACGAACUGGAAGAGUGAUAUCCGCUCCAAUUGCAAGUUUGAAGAUGGACACGCCUCAGCAGUGCGCCAUGGAGUGCUUGGAUCAUCCACCUACCAAGUGUCUCAGUUUCAACUAUGACUACGGACAUGAAACCUGCGAACUAUUGGAGGAGAUAGAGGGACACGGUGUGGAGAUGCAUGAGGUCGGUCACUUCCACAAUUUUGAGCGGCUCGGUGUUGGUCAUGCUGUGGAGUUCAGACAUGAAGACUUGCAGCUGAGUCAUGACUCCCUAUACUACUUCAACUUCUACCUGAACAAUGCGCUAGGUUACGUUAACAUCCUGACGUCCCCCGGUGUUCUUGCUGACUUCACCCCUCCGAGCCCAGGCCCGCUGGAGAACGUCAUCAUGGACGUACUGAUGACUGAGGACUGUGGGGACUUUGUCCUGGAUCACUGGGAACAGUUCAAAUGUGGAGAACAGACGCCAUUACCGAACCAUAGGUGGAUAGUAGACGGAGAAGGUUCCCGCACUGUGUUUAAUGGGCACGAGCCACUGGUUGACAUGUGGUACACACGCGCUAACAGAUAUGUGUCAGCGAAUUGGGAUGGUUUCCAUGACAACGAAACCGGUCUCCAUGGUUACUCCUGGACCUCAGGAAGAGCCCCAUGCGGACAGGAAGUCCAUCCUCACAUAGACCCGCAUGCGCACCUGUUCAGCGUGUCGGAGUGGACGCACGAUGGGAUUGCAAGCCCUCUAAAUCUUGAAGACGGCGAAUAUCAUAUCACAGUUCGAGCCAUUAACAACGUGGAGUUUGGCGGUGCCAUGGCAACGACUGUGUGUCACACCACGCCUUACGUCAUCGACAACACCCCUCCAUUCGUGCAUCACGUUCACAGUGUGGAGUAUGACGAAACUGACUUCAGCAUUACAGCGGAGUAUAACGUCAGUGAUCCUCUUUCCAACAUCCGGGAGAUUGACUUUGGACUAGGGCGGAGCAAACGUGACGUACACAUGAUGGACUGGUAUCGCCAUGGCAACACAACACACACAUCUGUCAACUUCCACAUACCUGAUGGGGUACCGGCAUGGGUCAAAGUUCGGGCGAUUAACAACGUGGAUCUGCGUGAGGUUGGCCAUGCGGACCAACCCGUUCUCGUUGACACGUCCCCACCUAUAGCCGGGACCCUGUAUGACGGCAGCGUUCACGGACAUGACCUGAACUUCACCUCUGACCCCAACACGAUAUGUGCCAACUGGAAGGACUUCCAUGAUGAGGAGAGCGGACUGAGUCAUUACUUCUGGGGAGUGGGCUCAGAACCUGGAACAGACGACGUGGUUCCUCUGACUGAGUACUCUCACACGGAAUCGCAGGCAUGCGCAGACGUACAACUUAGUCACAACACAACGUACUACUCCGUUCUUGUGGCAGUCAACAAUGGGCACGACAACUUAAACGUCUCGAAGUCGUCAGAUGGAGUCCUGUUUGACGCAACCCCACCUGUGGAAGGGACCUUACGUGACGGUUUGGAGCCAGACUCGGACUUGGCGUUCUCGUCCGAACCUUCCACCGUGUCCGCCAACUGGGCCGGCUACAGCGACCCGGAGUCAGGGAUCGGGGACUACGCCGUCACGGUGCAACGGACACAUACCUUAGGAGAGAACAGGACACAUUCUUCUGAGAUCAUUCAUGAGAAAACGUCAGUAGGGCCUGACGCCUCCCAUAUCAACUGGCACAAGUUCCACCUACAUCAUGGAGAUCACGUGUCUGUUCAGCUAGAGACAACCAAUCAGGCGAUGAGUUCCACCGUGACGUCAUCUGACGGGUUUAUCAUGGACCUGACCAAGCCUGUGAUGGUUCACCUGGGAGAUGGGGCGGAGCCGGGAAAGGACAGAGCGUUUUCGGCUGAUGCUUCACGCAUAUCAGCCAACUGGAUAUUUGAGGACGCCGAGUCUGGGAUUGAAAAGUAUAAAAUAACUAUCUUCAGAAAAUCAGCUGGGACAAAGAGACAAAUCUACCCAGAAAGGGAACAGAAAGCUGAAGUUGAUGGAACGCAAAACACAUGGACAUCACCUGCAAAUCUCAGUCUAAAAGAUGGUGCGUUCUACUUUGUGCGCGUCACCGCCGUUAACGGUGCAGGGGCUUCAACUGUGCACGAAACUGACGGUUUGAUAGUGGACACCAGUCCACCAAAUAUGGACAAUGUGAGGAUCGGGGUGACAUCCGGAGAGCCUGAGGAGCUGAAUGACGGCUAUGUUCUCCACACAGACCUACAGGGUAUACAGGCGUCCUGGAUGGCUACUGACGCUCAGAGCGGGGUGGUGUCCUAUUGGGUAGCUGUAGGAACGACACCAGGUGGCAAUGAUGUCAGUGGCUACCAGAAUCUAGGCCCUGGAGCAGAUGGUUACGUCGGGAAUCUCAGUCUUCAACUGACAAACAAAACAACCAACUCACCUAUCUACUAUCUAACGGUGAAGGCUGAAAACGCUGCUGGGAGCUUUUCAAGGAACAUCACGUCAAGUCCUAUAAAGGUAGUCCGAGCUGACCAGGCCGGGACAGUGACUGACGGCUGGGAGGCGUGGUCUACUGUCACAGUCCAGGUAAAACUCCAUUUUGUAUAA